AUGCGUCUGAAUGGUCUGCUUGUCAUCAUCGCAGUCGUCACAUGCUUCGCACCUCUCCGUGCGCACAUUGCGCGCGAAAAUCCUGGCAGACGAGGUGUCCAACCUGAGCAACACCACCUAUCACCGGAGGUGAAGGUUUCCCUCUCUGCAUCCGGGACAGUGACAAGAGAGGAAUUCAGCGGAGCACGAAGCAGCUUGAUGCGGCGAGACUUGAAUUAUGAUGACACAGUUCAGGAUGAGGACGCUGGAGCUGCUGCGGGUGAUCCAGAUUCCGAUGCAGAGUCAGACGAGGCCGAAGACAACGAUGAUGCCAAGGAACCAGCCGCUUGCGACAGUGGCGGUGAAACCACAUAUCGCAGCCCUCGCAGCUUCCAGGUCGAAGCCCCAACUCAGGUUCCUUUCACGCUGUCCCUGCGCAUGCGGUGGACUGGGGACAAUCCGCCGGACCUGACGCCAAAUCCAGCUUGUGUUAUCUGCUGGACGAUUGAUCCGGACACUGCGCCAAGUACCAACAAAGAGCAGUUCUAUCAAGGCUUGGAUGGCCAGCCACCACGAAUUGCGCUCAUGCGCAUGGGGAACGUGCUCAACUACGAAGAGUACGGAGCCGAUGGAGGUACCGGCACCGUCAACCUUUUCACCUCAGGCAAGCAGCUCAACGACGGAGAGUACCACGAGGUCGUCGUUGUUCGCGGGGAGUCGCGAAUUACAUUAUGGAUUGAUGGGCAGCCUGAUUCCUUCAUUAGCAGACAAGCAAAAGGCAACAACUUCCAAAAUGCGGAUCUGCCGGUGGGCAAGCCAAAUGCCAUUACUGGCAAGGCCUCAACAUCGAAUGAGUACUUGCGGAAGCAAGUGAAGAACACAGCCUCCUACAACAAGGUGGACCCGAACAAUGGCAAGUGGGCCUUGAAGGGGGAGGUGACCAAUGUGAGGCUGUACUACACUGAAUUGAGCGCCAACGACUUCCCCAACAGCAAGACAUCUUGCGAGGCCACCACCACGCAAGCCCCGGUGACCUGCCACACCAGCUGUGAUCGCUGUGAUGGUGCUUCGGAGGAGGAUUGUCUCAGCUGCAAGGCACGUCGCUUUUUGCACGACAGAAAGUGCUUGGAACAAUGUCCUGACGGCACCUUCGGGGACUCCGACUCCAAGGCUUGCACCCAAUGUCACGACUCCUGCGGCAGUUGUUCCGGCAGUGGAGAAGCAGACUGCCAGAGCUGUGACAGCCAGGACAACUUCCUGCACAACGGCCGGUGCUUGACAGCUUGCCCUCCACAAUUCUUCGCCGAUGCAAAGAGAGUUUGUGUAAAGCUGGCCGGCAGCGUUGUCGCCUUGAAGACGACCGGUAAGGCUGGAACAUUCUUCGUGUACUCCAACAGUACGAACUGCGUCAAGUUGGUGCCUUUGGAUGAUAAGGAGAAGGAGAACCCAAAGAAAGUCAGCGAUGAAGCGAAAAUGUGGAUGAUCUCGGAUACGGGCAACGGGGAGACCUCCCUGCGUAAUGUCAGAACGGGUAUGGCAUUGCACAUGCUUGCGAGGCCACGCUCACAGACGAAGGAGUCUGGCUGCUCCGAAACUCUGUCCAGCUGCGCAGUGGCACGGCCACCCACGCCAGUCCUUGGACAAGACGAGCUUUGGACGGACAAUGAAUGGGCAAGCAGUAAGUGUGAGAAAAGCGCAUUCACGGUGACGCCAGCAGGUCCAUCGACGAUUGGCCUCAGCAUCGGCAAACGCUACCUUCGCUUUCACAAAGAGGUGGUCAUGAUGUCGGAAGAGGUGGAUGCAAGUGAGCCAAAGCUGGACAAGAGCAUGCGCUUUGAGCCGGUGGUCGUGCUGCCCGCGGUGGCCUCUGAGUUGAGGACCCGAGGGCGGUGCAAGCAGAUGAUCACCCAGUCCCUCCAGUGUUCCGCCGCUGCCGGCGGACAGGCAAUUGAUGCUUUCGCUGACUUCACUGAGCAGAGCCCGGACACCAGCAAGCCGCCUGGCUGCUACUACUACCAGCACGAGAUUUCCGCACCGAAGGGGAGUGGCGACCAGUACAGCGACUUGCCUACGAAGGUGUCCAGACUCGCCCUGAACCUCCUGAGCUCCGACACUGAGGCAAGAAGCAGUGACCUCCUCUCGCAUAGAUUCGAUGUGAGGUCCAGCCGUGUCGUGACCGGCGAAAAUAUCCAGGAUAGCGCCGCAAUCGGUGACAUUCUCGGUCAGGCUUUUGAACAUGGAUGUUUGGCGCAGUGUUUCCGGUUGAAUCAGUUGGAAGGGGCUGCAUUGGACCUAAGGUGCUGCCUAGCCGAGGAUCGGCGCGUCGGAGUCCCAAUCGUGAUGCGGGUGUGCUUUAGUGCCCUCUUUGUGGUCCAGUCCAGUCCAAGUCCAGCUCAGCCUGCUCAGCCCCACAUCCACGUCUCGGCGAAUGCCCUGCGGACUCUGGAGCCAAUGCUGCAGGACGUUGCAGACUUUGGUUCGGAAGAUGGAUCCUGCUCGAUUUGUUUAGGUGCCGACGCCAGCGAAGUAACCGAACUUCGCUGUGGCAACCGGCACCGCUUCCACAAGUCGUGCAUCACAACAUGGAUGGUGGCCAGCCUGGCCAUCAACAAUGGUGUUCCCAGGUGCCCACUAUGCCGCAAGAAUAUCGACGUGGAUCGCCCAGUGCAGGGUGGUUCGCGGAGAGACGUUCUCGACCUCAGCUUGCAGGAACUUACUGCAGUCGAGCGCUUGCUUGAAGACGUUCGAUUUGCUGUUCUCGAGCAGCGAUCCGUCAUUUCGAGCCACGUGGAGAGCCAGGCGGUCGAAAGUGGCUCAAAUUCCCCGUCAACGGCUCAACUGCGAGCCGCGCAGCUGCGAGCUUUGAUGCUGGAAGACCGCGUGGCCGAGCUUCGGUCGGCUGUUUACGAGCUGCAGUCUCGUCUCAGCUUGCUCUGA